GCCUCUAAGCAUCUCUCCACUUCCAAGAAACGUCAAAAUCAGCUGUUUGUAAACAAAAUACGUGUACGCGUACCAUCUGCCAGCGUGAAUGCUCCAGUACCAGCGCCUGAAAGCAAUCUUCGGUAAUCCGUCGAAUUACGCACGCCAGUGGACGGAACCAGCGGCCAGUGUUAGCAGUAUGUCCAAGAAGCCGGGCAAAGGUGGUGGUACCGGCAAAAAUUCAAAAGCAAGUAAAGAUGAGGUCAAACCGGCCCCAGCAGCCGGUCCUGUGCUGGUAGACGGAAAGACGGGCAACUUGAUCGUUAAGAUACUGGCCAAACCGGGCGCCAAGACGAGCGGUAUCACGGAUGUGAGUGAGGAAGGCAUCGGUUGUCAGAUAGCCGCUCCCCCGAUCGAUGGUGAAGCAAACACGGAACUGAUCAAGUAUCUGUCGAAACUGCUCGACCUACGGAAAAGCGAUAUCAGUCUCGAUCGAGGAUCCAAAUCUCGCCAGAAGACGAUAGUGCUCGAUAAGGCCGGUUGUCGGCACAGCCCGGAACAGCUGUUGGUGAUUUUUCGCAACGAAGCAUCCGCCGGUGUGUAACUGCUAAGGUUCAGGGUAGCUUUGGAACGUCAAUAAAUAAAGAGACACAUGCUUUUUUA